CUCUGGAUGAAACAAAACGACACCGCCCGCCCGUCCGUCAGUUUACGUUCAGUCUCGCCUAAAGCAACUUCUCUGACAAUACCUAUUCUAUUUUCAAAUUGUUUUAAAGAAAUUCGUUCUGGAAUUUACCACGUGUGUUGUGAAAACUUGAAGUUUACCAGAAAACCGUAAAGAUGUCUGAAAGUACGACCCUCGAAGCUGGCCAGCAGAUCAUCAAGAAGACAAUGGACGAGGUGGUGCAAACGAGGGAGGUCAAACAAGCCAUUACUAUUCAGGCCAGACAAGAGUUCCGUGAACAAUACCAAGAGAGCUACGAAGAAGAGAUGGAAGAAGAGACCUUCAUCGAUGAACACGGAAAUGAAACCACUAAGAGGCUAGAAACGAGCACAGAAAGCAAAGAACACUCUAGAAGUGCUGACGUGAAGGUGAAAGCGAGUGGAUUGAACGCAGAGCAGAUGAAAGCCCUCACAGACUGUGCGAAUCAAGCAGGACAGCUGGCGCUCGACUCGAAGCCUGCCAACUAAUUGUAACAAUGUGUCGUUUGAAAGUGUGCGAGGUGGUCUCAAAAAGUGAUAAAGACUGUGUCCAGUGUUCCUUAAUGUAUAUGGUAUAUUUAAGUUUAAAUUUGUAAUACAUGAAAUAAAUAUAUUGAAAUGAAAAAUGA